AUGUGGUUUGCUCAUUCUGAUUUCAUGAGAAUGGUAAGUGAUUGUUGGAAUGCUCCGGUUACGAGAUCUCCUGCUUUUAUUUUUCCUUUCAAGCUCAAGAGGUUAAAAGCUGUUAUGAAGGAUUGGAAUUUACAUGUUUUUGGCAAUAUUUUUGCUAAACUAAAACAAGCUGAAUUGACUAUGGAAGUGGCUCUUCGUAUUUCGGAUGAGGAUCCAGAGGAUAUAACUAAGCUGAAUUCGGCCAAGGAGGCUUCAGUUAUUCUUCAGGAAAUUCGUUCUCAUCAUGUUACUAUGCUAAAGCAAAAAUCACGUAAUAAAUGGCUUUUGGAGGGAGCUAGUAAUACUUCUUUCUUUCAUGCUAAUAUCAGAAUGCGCAGGAGUAGUAAUAUGAUUUCGGAGUUGGUGGAUGAUAAUGGGGCUGUUAUUACUGAUUGUGAUCAAAUUAGAGACUAUACGGUUUCUUUUUUUGAGUCAAAGUUUAAUGGUGAUGAGUUGCCUAUUGAUGAGGAGCUUUUUAAUUAUGAUCAUAACAUCAUCUCGGUGGAGGAUAGUCAGAGAAUGGAUGAAAUUCCUUCUAUGGAGGAGAUUAAGAAUGUUGUUUUUGAUUUGGGUGUGGAUAGUGCGCCAGGGCCGGAUGGUUUCUCUGGUUGUUUUUAUAGGCAUUGUUGGGACGUGGUGCAAUAUGACCUUGUCAGAGCUAUCACGUACUGUUGGCAGCGGAAAAUCAUUCCUCAUGGUGCUAAUUCUAGUCUUAUUAUUCUUCUUGCCAAGGUUAGAGGAGCCAACACUCUUCGAAACUUUCGGCCUAUUGGUCUUAAGGUUUUUCGAAGGUAUGGUUUCUCUCAAAAGUGGUGUUCUUGGAGUUUGGCUAUUCUUAACUCAGCAAGGAUUUCUAUUCUUCUUAAUGGAAGUCCAGAGGGUUUCUUCAAAAUCAAUAGAGGUCUUCGGCAAGGCAAUAUGAAAAGUCUGCAUAACCUUCUUGCUUUGCUUGGUAAAUACCAAAGUGCCUUGGGCCAAACUGUCUGUCGUCAAAAGAGUAAGAUUUAUUAUGGUGGUGGUUCUUUGAGUCGCUGUGGGACUAUCACUAAUUUACUGGGUAUGGAAGUUACUACUUUUCCGGACAGGUAUUUGGGAGUUCAAAUUAUGCCUGGAGCAGUUAAGUAUCGUCACAUUUGUAAUGUGAUAGAGAAAAUUAAGAAUCAACUUUCGGUUUGGAAAGGUAAGUUACUUUCUUUUCAAGAUAGAGUUGUUCUUAUCAAUUCAGUGAUAGCGAGUUAUGCUAUUCACAACAUGGCGGUGUACAAAUGGCCUAGAAAAUUUGUUCAACAGGCUGAAAGAGUUAUUCGUAAUUUUCUUUGGUCGGGUGAUGCUGAAGUUGCAAGGAAAUUUGUUGUUGGAUAUCCAAAGGUUUGUUGUCCGUUGAAGGAAGGGGGUCUUGGUAUAACCAGCAUGGUUGUUACUAAUAAGGCUCUUCUAAUGAAGCUAUGGUGGAGUAUUCGUUCUUCUAACAAGAAAUGGGCUCGUUUCUUAUGGGCGAAAUUUACUACUAAGCAGGGUAGUAUAAAGCUUUAUGGGGUGAACUCUUCUAUUUUGCCGGGCAUGAAACUGAUUCAUUCUAUUGUUGACAAGAAUACCAAGGUUCUAAUUGGGGACGGGAGGUCUACAUCUCUUUAUUUUGAUGUUUGGUAUGAUGAUAUUAUUGUUAAUAAUGCUUGGAUGAUGCAGGGAGAUCAUAUUCAGAAUUUGGUCCGUGCGGGUGUGGAUCUUUCAAAUUUGCCUUUGUUACAAGGAGGGAAUGAUUGUAGAGUUUGGAUGCCGGAGAUGAAUGGCCACUUUUCAGUCUCUUCAGCAAAGAAUAUCAUUAGAAGGGCGUAUCCAAAAUCAGCAAUUUAUGAUCUUUUGUGGAGGAAAGAAAUUCAUCCCAAAUUGGCUGCUCAGAAUUGGAAGAUAUGUCGUGAGGUUUGUGCAACUCAAGACAAGAUCAGGAGUAGAUUCAAAGUUGAAAUGGCCAACAAAUGUUACUUGUGCAACAUGGAGGAAGAAUCUUUGGAGCAUAUUAUUUGGAGUUGUACGUUUGCAACUCAAAUUUGGCAGUGGUGUUCAGGUUUGUUUAAUCUAACACCUUAUUAUGAUAUUGUGAAUUCAUAUAAAUCGGCAAAGGGUAGAAGUAGAAUUGUCAAGGAUUUAUGGCUUUUAGCUAUUUUGGUGAUUCGCUCGGAAUUAUGGCAAACAAGAAAUAUGGCAUGUUUUCAGAAUUCUUCUGUUAGCAUUCAUUUUUUUAAGAAGAGAGUGUUCUAUUUGAUUAGUGAAUACGCUGGUCGUUUGAAGGGUUUCAUGCAUAAUACUACAACGGACUUGGAUCUUUUGAACUUUUUCCGUGUGAUGCAUAGGAAGGUUAAGCAGGUUCAGCCAAUUGAGUGCUUUUGGAGUCCGCCAAAUAGGGAUGAAAUUUUAUUAUGUUGUGAUGGAGCAGCCAAAGGAAAUCCGGGUAUAGCUGGAGCUGGUGUUGUUGUUCUGGGCUAUGAAGUGGAAUGUUAA